CAUCAUCAGUAAUGUGGGAGCAAAGUGGCCUGGGUCUGUGCACGACUCUCCAGUCUUUUGUGAGUGCACACUGAGCUCUAGAUGUGCUGUGGAGAGUUUGAUGGUUACUUGCUGGGUGACAGAGGGUACCCCUGCCAGGUUUAUUUGCUGACCCCUUACCCUGGUCCUGAGCCCGGCCCGCAGCAUCGUGACAACUUGGCUCACUGCAGGACUCCAGCCAGGGCAGAGAUGACUAUUGGGAUGCUUAAGGCUGCUUCCAGUGCCUUCAUAGGCUCAGAGUUGUCAUUCUCCACAUCAUUGCAACAAUUUUCAGACUGAUCAUCUGUGAGGCUGCAGAGGUUCCUGUGAGGGUGUCUGGGCCCUGCAUUGCUUCAGAAGAUGAUCAAGUUUGUCCUGAUGGUGAACCAGCAGGGUCAGACCAGACUGUCCAGGUACUACGAGCCCGUAGAUCUGAGCAGGAGAGCGGCGCUGGAGGCCGAAGCUGUCCGCUGCUGCCUGAGCCGCAAGAAGGACCAGUGCUCUUUUGUGGAGUACAAUGACUUUAAACUGGUUUAUCGCCAGUAUGCAGCCCUCUACAUCGUGGUGGGAGUCACGGACUCUGAGAACGAACUGUCCAUCUACGAGCUGAUUCAUAACUUUGUGGAGGUUUUGGACAAAUACUUCAGUCGAGUGAGUGAACUGGACAUCAUGUUUAACCUGGACUCUGUUCACAUCAUCCUGGACGAGAUGAUCCAGAAUGGUCACAUCGUGGAAACCAACAAGAGUCGCAUCCUCGCUCCACUCACUGCCAUCGACAAGAUGACUGAUGGAUGAUGCUUACAGGAAGUGAUGUCACAGACUCAGCUGCCGUUUCCACGGAGAUGGAGCUCAAUAUCUAUGAAAGGUUUUGAUGCUCCAGUAGAUCAGCUGUGGGUUAACUUCAGGUUAACCCUAAGUUUUCAUGGUUUCAUAGGUGGGAUGCAUCGCCAUGGCAACUGAUGCUGCAAACUUGACCUCAGCUGGAACAAUUCCUAUUUGAACCUUCAGCUGUACCAGAUCACCGUGAGACAUUUUCCUUGUUUGCUGUAAAUCGUCCUUCCUACUUGUUCUUCAUGGGCUGAUGAGGUGAGCAGAUGAUCUGCUGCUUCGGUUUCAUCCUGGACUUGGAAAAGGUCCUUUCUACGUCUUCAGCGUGUUUGUGUAUGUGCACAACUAAAACAUUUCUGUGUGACUGAGUGUGACCUGAAUAAUGCACGUGUAUAAUAAGAAAACAAAAAAUAGUUUUCCUGAUUUUUAUUGAAUAAAAACAAAAUAAAAAUAAAGAUUCUUUUACCUGGAAAUUACAAAUGUGGGUUUAUAUUAAUCCUGAUGGAUCUGGGUUCAUCCUGAUGGAU